AAAGCGGCAAACACGAAAAUCGCCAAACCCCAAGAGGAGAAAGCCACCCUUGCAGCAUCUCUUGUUGCCGGGCAACCCCCACGUAUAUAAACUGCCCAAGGGAGAAAGGCCCGGGCAGAUUGCGGAAGGGAGCAGAUCGAGAUGCCGACGGCGGCCCAGGCCCGAAUUUCGACUCGUCACGUGCCCGCUUUCAGCACACAGGCCACGCAGAAACACGUCAAAGUGCAGCCGCCACCACGAGCAGAGGCCAGCAGGCCGCGGCCACUCUCCCGACCCACUGCGUUCAGGAGAUUUUAUGAAAGGGGUGAUUUUCCGAUUGCCCUCGAGUUUGACACGUUUGGCCACAAAAUCGCUUGGAAAGUCAGCCUAGACAAAUUGGACUUUCACCACUACCUGCCCUUGUUCUUUGAUGGAUUGUGUGAAACCGACCAUCCGUACACGUUUUUUGCACAGAGAGGGAUCGCUGACAUGCUAGAACACGGCGGCUCGAGAAUUCUUCCCGUUGUUCCUCUGCUCAUCAUCCCCAUUAGAAACGCCCUAAACACAAGACACCCUGAGAUCGUGUGCAACACCCUGAAGGUCCUGCAGCGACUGGUGACAGCGGCCGACCUGGUUGGUCAGGCCCUGGUGCCUUACUACCGGCAAAUUCUGCCGGUGCUCAACCUGUUCAAGAACAAAAACAUAAAUACUGGGGAUGGAAUUGACUACAGUCAGCACAAACGACAAAACAUUGGCGAUUUGGUGCAAGAAACUCUGGAAGUUCUGGAACGCUACGGUGGCCAGGACGCCUUCAUCAACAUUAAAUACAUGAUUCCCACUUAUGAAUCUUGUUUGAUUGUCAGUUAGAAAAGUUAUAGAAAUUAUAAUUACAAAAAGUGUUUGUGUUUUCUUUUCCAAUCAAUUAUUAAAAAUACAAAACUUGUAACCACGCCGACGUUAUUCUAAAGUUGAGCUCAAGAAUUCUGUAAGUAUAAUAGACUGACAAGUUAUAUAGAACGGAUUUUUGUAACUUUCUCAAUGUCAUUCAGCACAAAGUACACAAAUGGCUCACAGAGGUAACUUUGUCCCAGUGGAGAGAGAGUGCAUUUGAAAAGCAAUUCCGCUCUAGG